GCAUAGGUCCCUAACAUUAAUUACUUUCUCUUUUUCUUUUUCUAAGCUACGCAUCCAAAUUCCAUACAUUGUUCACAGAUCUGACAUUCCCUAAUCCUUAAACUAUCUUUCACACGGACGGUAAAUUAUUAUUCCAAUUUCAGCUUAGAAAUAUGUUUAUAUUUAGUGUUUUAAUUUCUAACUUUUCUAAAUUGGUAUCUUAUGAAUAUUGGAUAAAGUUUUAGUAGUAAACUUUCAAUGGAAAUUAUGAUAAAGGUGGGAUGUUAACAAAUUUUUUUAUAGAAACUUUUUACUUCCGAGUAUUUAAAAUGAAGUAUGUAUCCUGAGUUAGAGGUGGAAAUCUGGAUUCCCAUGCAAGUUAUGGGACGUAAUUGUGCAAUUCAACAAGCUUGGCCACGCUCGCUCAGCACAGCCUCCCAUACGAAAUGUACCCCAUUCCUCAGACCAAUAAUCGUCUCCAACUUCUAUGCCUCCCUGACAAAUCACAACUAUGGUUAUAUACUACUCCAUUUUGGUCUAUUUAUUACUACUUCACUUGACUCACUCCCUCUUCUUCCUUAGAUACAAUACAAUGUCACCUAUCAUUGUCCUCCUCUCUUUUCUUCUUCUUCUUCUGUGCUUCCCUUUUUCUUGUUCCCUCCAACACCAUCAAUCCCCUUUCCUUCCAAACUCCUGCAAUAAUGUAACAUGCGGGGACCUCCAUGUUCCCUUUCCUUUCCAUGUCAACACUUCAUGUGACUCAAUUUCCAGCGCCUUCCAUCUCUCGUGCUCAAAUUCCUCUGCCCUUUUACUCAGAAUUGGCCCAGUGAGCUACACAGUCUUGGAAUUCUUCCCAGAUGGUGUGCUGGUCGACUUUCCAGGCUCAUCAUCCUGUAGACAGUACUAUGACUUGAACUCUUUUGGCAGAAAUUUUGCAGGGAAGGACUACUUUGGCUUGUCGGUUGAUAAUGUUAUUGGGCUCUAUGACUGUGAGGAUUCUUCUCUGUGCAAAGCAGAUUGUGAAACCAUUGACUUGCCUGGUUGUGAUGGAAAGGGUGGAGGCUCCCUUGCCUGCUGCUAUCCACUCUCUGACCAUACCAUAUGGCAUGUUGGAGAUGGCUUUUCGGUGUUUUCUCAGUUUGGAUGCAGAGGGGUUUCUAGUUGGGCUGUUCUGAGAGGCUCCACUUGGGGAAAACGAGGCGUCAAGUUGGAAUGGGCACUUCCCAGGAACUCCUCUUCUGAAGUUUGUGCUACGAAUGCUAACAUUGCCAAUUCUACAGCAGUUCAAGGAGGCGUCAGAUGUGUCUGCCAAAAUGGAUAUGUUGGUGAUGGUUUUGCUAAUGGAACUGGAUGUUUGCAGGCCUGCAUAAAGGAUGGAAAGGAAGCAUAUGGAAGUGACUGCUACAUCAAAAGGCAUGAUCAGAGGAAAUUUGUUAUGAUCGCCGGAAUCAUUGGCCCAGUUCUCAUUGUUGCUUCCCUGGUUGCACUAUUUUAUCUUCUUAAAAGGCCAACAAAACCAGGGAUGUUUUACACAGAGCAGGCUUACUAUCAAAACAUUACAAUCCCCAAAGCUUGUAAAACUCGAUUAUUCAGCUUCCAUGAGCUAGAGGAAGCCACUAAAGGUUUUGAAGAGGGUCAGAAACUAAUGCAUGACAAUAAUGGGACAAUUUUCGCUGGAGUUUUAGGGGAUGAAUCUCACAUAGCUGUCCACAAGUUACAGUGCCAGAAGAAUGACUUGAUACAAGUCCUGUCACAAAUCGAGGUUCUAUCUUCUAUUGUGCAUAGAAACAUGGCUCGCAUUCUUGGAUGCUGUAUUGAAUCUGGCAACACUCUAGUAGUUUAUGAGUAUCCUUCCAAUGGUACCUUGGAGGAACAUUUACAUCAAAGCAAAGGACAACAACUUCGUUUAGAUUGGUAUAGGAGAUUGACUAUUGCUGCAGAAACAGCUAGUGUUCUUGCAUUCUUACACUACGAGAACAAUCCUCCCAUACUUCACCAUAACCUUAAAUCUGCCUGCAUCUUCCUAGAUGAUGACUAUUCUGUCAAGAUUGCAGGAUUUGGUCUGAUCAACUCCAAUUUUUACUAUGGUUCUCACUUACACAAGAACUAUGAAGCAUUUGACAUCUGCAAAAAUGAUGUUUACGAUAUGGGUGUGUUGCUUCUUGAGAUUAUCUCAGGCUCAAAUCAGUUGGAUUCACCAACUUUGGCUUUACAGCAUGUAAGGGCUGGAAAAUUUGAAGAAAUUUUGGACCCAUUUCUUUGCUAUGAUGAGCAACCACAUUACCGCCAAGAGCAAAUGCAAAUAAUUGCAGAUCUAGCUACAAGGUGCCUGUUAUUUGGGGUAGAUGGAAGGCUAGGAAUGAUAGAUGUUGUGAGGGAGUUAGUACACAUGACUAAAGAAAGUCUUGAUGGAGGAAUUAUGAAAGGACCUGCACUGGAGGAGACAUUCUCAAAUUCAAGCCUUCUUCAGAUGAUAUCAAUGUCUCCUGAUUCUAUGAGUGUCCCUUGAAUCUUUAUGUCCCAGUCAGUUUAGUUUGUCAGUCCCUUCAAAAGAUGAUAAACAACCACAAUUGUAUGUGUGCACUAUAAGUCCCCAGCCACUGUACAUUGGGGAAUGCAUCCAAUAUUCUGGUUCUGACAUACUUCACUAAGGUACAAAGCAAGUGUAUUUGGUAGCUACUUCUUAAUAAAUUUAAUCAACUGCUAUUGUUAA